AUGCCGGAGAAAGAAACUUUCCACGAGCAUAUGCAAGUGCACCCGUUCCAUCACCCCGGACAUCCGCUGGCUGCACACCACGGCCACCACCAUCCACAGGCGGGACUGUCGGCACACGGAUUAAGUGCAGCCGCCGCCGCAGCAGCCGCGGCCGCGGCAGCCGCCGCAGCCGCCAACGGUGGCGCUCCUGGCAGCGGCAGCUACGGUCCCCUGCAACUCCCGUCGGCUUUCGUAGCAUUCCACUCGCAGCUUUCUUCCACAGCGGGGCUCGAGCAGCGAUCGCCCCACGAUGGACGCUACCUCUGGGAUCCUACUGGGUCGCCUUCGGCUUCAUCGUUCCAUCAUCCGCACCAUGCAUCGGUCCAUGGGUUGGCCAGUAACGCAAAUUUUGCGGAGUUGCAGUUCCUGAGUGCUCGCCGUGCGGCGGUGGCCGCGGCCGUGGCCAGUGCCGGAGCGGCCCAGAUCAACGGUGGGACAGUGCUGCCCUCGCAUCCGCCCACAUCGGCCACGGUGGUGCCGCUAACGAUCUCCCCACCGGCCACGUCGGGCGCAUCGCUCAACGCGACUUCGCUCAGCAACGGCACCUCGCCCGUGGCCGGCGGCGGCGCCAGUCCUGGUUUGCCGACGGCGAACGGUACCACCGGACCGACGGCCGGCGUGCCAGUGCCCCAUCCCGGGGACUUCCACCCUGCCUACAGGAUACCCGGCUACAUGGAGCAUCUGUACUCGCUGCAGCACGCCUCGGCAUCGCUCCACGGUCUUGGACUGACGCCGGAGUACAUUAAUGCACGUAACGCAAUUGCCGAUCUGCAUCCGGCCAGCUCGCUGGCCAGUGCAGAUUUCCACUUCAGCAUCGACGCAGCCAGCCGACUGAACAGCCCGCGACCAGGAAGCAUUCGUGCCAGCGUGAGCCGCAAGCGAGCCCUGUCUUCCUCGCCGUACUCCGAUUCGUUCGACAUCAGCUCCAUGAUCCGCUAUUCUCCCAACUCGCUGGCCUCCCUAGUGAACGCUUCCCGGAGCAGCAGCACCAGCGGAUCGUACGGCCAUCUGUCGGCCAGCGCUCUGGGGCCGCCGCUCGGCAUGCACAGCGCGAUGCCGCCGCAUCUGCAGCACCUGCUGCGCAGCAGUGGCUUCCUCCAUUCGCUGCCCGGCCAUCAUACACCGACGGCCAGUAUGUUCUCGUUAUCGCACCACCCACUGCACCCGGGCCACUCGCUGGGCAAACCGCAGCACAUAACCGAUCUAUCGAACAAGAAGCAGGAGCAACCAACGUCCAGUUCCCAAGUGACGCGCGUCGAAGCGGACAGUGCCACCAACGCACAGCAGAAAAAGUCGCGCCUCAAACGCGAAUCUGCGCAACACAAUGUGGUGCCGCUGCACAAGGGUAGCCCUCCGUGUGCCAUGCUGACCUCGAACCAUCACCUUAGCCCUACCUCGACGCAAGGACCCACCAACGGUGCGGGUUCGGCAACGUCGACGCAAAACGGGGGCCUCAACCUGAGCCCCAUGCAUCCCGAGCUUGGUGCGCGAGGUGGGGACAUCGGGGCCGGGAUCGGCAACGUGGGCGAUGGCAAUGAAGCCAUCGGCGGGAGGAUGGCCGGAACCAUGGGCUUUGAGUGCGGAAACGGAGAGGGCGGAUCUCGGGCAGACACCACCGACCCGAAGGACGAGCCAGGGGACUUUAUCGAAACCAACUGCCACUGGCGGGACUGUUCGCUGGAGUUUAACACACAGGAUGAGCUGGUCAAGCACAUCAACAAUGACCACAUUCAUGCGAAUAAAAAAUCGUUCGUCUGCCGGUGGGAAGAGUGUUCGCGCGACGAAAAACCCUUCAAGGCCCAAUACAUGCUGGUGGUGCACAUGCGUCGCCAUACUGGAGAAAAACCGCACAAAUGCACGUUCGAAGGUUGCUGUAAGGCUUAUUCAAGACUGGAAAAUUUGAAGACACACCUUCGCUCGCAUACGGGCGAAAAGCCAUACACCUGCGAGUACCCUGGUUGUAGUAAAGCGUUUAGUAACGCAUCCGAUCGUGCCAAACAUCAGAACCGAACGCACAGUAACGAGAAACCGUACGUUUGCAAAGCUCCGGGCUGCACGAAACGUUACACGGACCCUAGCUCGCUGCGGAAGCACGUGAAAACCGUGCACGGUGCAGAAUUCUAUGCGAACAAAAAGCACAAGGGCAAUCAUCACGGUGGCGGUGGAAGCAGCGGCGGUCUGGGCGAAGAUGGGGAAGGCUCCAACCACAUGUUUGACAGUAGCCCCCGGAGCGAGGACAAGACGACAAGCAUGAGCAGCCCCAGUAUUAAGUCGGAAUCGGAUGCCAAUUCCCCGAGCCACCCGCCGAUCAGCAGCCCGAUGUCCAUAUCGGCGCUUACUGCAGGGCUUGGGGAAGAGUACCACGAAGGAGACAACAUGCAUCAUCUGGGUAGCCUCGCGACGCUGGACGAUGCAGCGUGGCCGUACGUGGACGAGGAUCUUGAGGUGGCGGAUCUCCCGUACGUGCUACGUGAAAUGGUCGACCUCAGCGGCCCCAAUGGAGCAGCGACUGCGGUGUCAAUGCGCAACCAUCCCCGGAACCGGCUGAAGAAUCGCAUCAACAACAAGGGCUCCCUGCUCGGUAGCAGUCCACUUUCCAACAUUCCGGAAAUGAACGGCCAGCAAAUGCGGAACUUUGGGCUUGGCGAUUUGAACAAGAAGAUUACCGAUCUCAAGAUGGAACCGGGUACGACACCUCCUCCGCAGUCCCUUUCGCUACCGUCGCCGACGGUGGCAAAGAUAGGCCAGUCCGAUGCGAUACGACCCCCGCUGCCACCGCCGUCCUCGACCAGCACCACCACGACGACAAUGAUGAUGAUGAAUGCGUACUUGAAUCCUGCCGCAGCGCAGAACCGACGUGAUAGCAACAAUAGCACCACCAGCAGCUCGUACUACAGUAUGCGUUCGGCCGACAUCAGUCGCCGCAGCAGCCAGGCGUCACAGCAAAGCUCGAUCUCAACCAUGCGACCGACUUACUACAACUCUUCGUCACUGUACGAUCCGAUCUCACCGGGCAGCUCGCGCCGAUCGAGCUCCAUGUCGACGGCCACCAACGGAGGACAGAGCCUACCACCGCCGCCUUCCUCGCAUUUGAUCUCAACCCAUCUGCAACGCUUCGGCGGCAACGGCACUGCGGGAACCGUGGGCGGCAUCACGGGAGCUUCGAUGGGAGGCCAUCCGAAUGCCAACGGCUCACGGCACUCCAUUCCCAACAACAUGAGCACCGGUGGAUUCUAUGGGCCACAGCAACAUAACAGUGGAUUGGCUGGCCACAGUUUCGAUCGCCGCAUGUCCGAGCCAGUUGCAAGUGGUGCGGGCAUGGGCAGGAACGUAGCUGGCUCGACCGGGUCAGCCAUGUUUGGUGUGAAUUCACAGUACAUGAACCGCCGGCCGGCUGGAGUGCAACCACGCAGUUCCCCGACCUGCACCGCUACUUCCGGUGCCGCUGCUGUCAACAAGGUUGCCGCACCGUCAACCGCUGCGAAGCUGCACCCCAACCAAGAAGUGGUUUUGGAUGAAAUGGAAGAGGGUGAAAUGGUGGAAAACAAACUCGUCAUUCCGGACGAGAUGCUACAGUAUCUGAAUCAGGUGGCGGAUAUGGCAGGUGAAGCUAGUGGCAGAAACAAACCAAACAACAACCAAACGACCCCAGCCAUUCCCAGCAGUGCCAAUAAUCCGUGGAAUUCUCCUGAGAAUGACACCGUCGGGGACAGGAUUUCAGUACGAGCGCCGCAACAAAUGUCAACAACGAACGCAAACCAAACGGUCAGCUUUACGCAACCCCAACCGGCCAUGUUGUUGAGCCCUCAGUCCCAGUACAGUAACGACGAUGGCAGUCUUAUGAGCAACGUUAUGUCUCCACAAACACCGCAACACCAGCUGCUGUCGCCGAUAAUACCGGAGAAUGCUUCCGGUCCUCUGACACCGGCCUCGAAUAACUACACCACACCGUCAGCCCAAGACUUUCCCCUGCCUGCGGUACAGUGCCAAGGUGUGCAGCACAACACGAGCGGGAUGCAAAAUUUCAGCAACGGGAACGGCGGCUACCCGGCUAGCGAUUGCUGUUACGGACAGGGGCAGAACGCACCACAGCAGCAGCAGUCGGGGCACCGCAGUCUAAACCGGCCGAUCGCGUGUUCUAAUUUGAUCGGUUACUAUCAUCGAACCGAUCAGAGUGCACAUCAUUGCUGCUUGGCAACGAUGAUGCAAGGGUCCCUCUACAUCAACCAACCGGCGGGCCACGGUCAGCAGCAGCAGCAGCAGCAGCAGCAAUCCGGUGGCACUCAGAUGCUACCGCAUGCUUCACAGAACGCUCAGUUUAAGAAUCCGUUUAGCCUGAAUGUGUCCAGUUUGGCCGGUGGUAAUCAUAGCAAGCCAGUAGCCGACGAGCCAGUGGCUGCGUGCAGCAACGCCGCAGCCAAUAUUGAAAUUCAGUGCGGUGACAUCAGCCAAUCGCAGAUGUCGCCUGCAAUCGCUGCCAUGGCACCAGCAAUCAACGACGCCGCACUUCGGACGGACCCGUGUCAGCCGCUGCAGCAACAGUCCGCUCCGACCGUGGCUCCGGCGCAACCGAUGGAAAGCAGUUUGCAAACUCCACCGCUGGUAUCGUCCCCAACGGGCUUUGCGGAUCCUGCCGUAGCUACCCCGUCGGUUCUACCCAUGACACUCACUACCGAUAAUUGCCUGACCACCGCGGGUAGCGGUGCAAUGGGCAGCGAUACUUAUCAGCGAACGCUGGAAUACGUGCAAAACUGUCAGAAUUGGAGCGAAUCUGGCGCCGACAUGGUCAGCAGCAGCACGCAUCCAUCUUCUAAUCUAGUAAUCAACGAUAUGAGUACUUCACUGAGCUCUUACUUCGAAGAAGAUCGCUAUUUGCAGAUGAUCCAGUAACAGCAAAGGCGAUGGCUGGCCGUCGUCUAUAUUGCAAAUGUAUUCAAACUGUUCAGCCACUGAUUUACCGGGAAGUGGUAUUUAGCUGGCUUAGUGCCAAUGAUGAUCUAUGCAUGCAUUUUCUAAUCUAAUUUUGCCAUAACAAUAUGCUCAAGAUAGCUGAGAACGAUGGUCGAGAUUCCUAUAGAUUUAGUUUUUUCCCUCUUUAUUGCAACAACAUAGAACAAAAGCGAAGCGAAUGACUGUUUCAGCUGUCUUCUAACAAGCUCAGUAAUAAUGGAUAAUUCUCUUUCUUUUGUAAAGACCCUUGUACAUGUAUGAAAUAACAAAAAGCAGCAAUGAUGUUUUAGGGAAAAGAAAGAUUGUUUAGGUGCGUUUAUUAGUUUGAAAUCGCGCAGUGCAGAGUACAGCCAUAUAAAAAGGGAUUUAUCAUUGCGCUGGAGCACUGCCAUCACCGCAGUAGCUGUAAAGUAAGGUUGGUAGCCGCAUAAGAAUUGAUCGUUCAUCAGCGAGCAUGUUGCUUGCGAUGUGUUAAAAUAGUGAGCCGGAAUAAAUUGGAUGAUUC